GUGUGAAAUCUGUAAUUUCUUGUUGUACAGGGGCAGGAGGAGAGAGAGGAGUGAUGGGUUUCCCUGGACCUAAAGGUGCUCCAGGUGAUGCUUCAGGUGUCAGUGGGCCACCUGGACCUCCAGGUCCUGCAGGACCAUCUGGGCCACCUGGUAGAUUUGGUCCUAAGGGAGAAAUUGGACUGAAUGGACCCCCAGGACCCAUAGGACCACCAGGUUUUGGUCAGCCUGGUCCUCCUGGAGAGAGGGGCCCUGCAGGUGCUCAAGGUUUCCCAGGUGCACCAGGAAAUCCAGGUCCAAAAGGAGAAUCAGGCAUUGGUUUGCCUGGAGGACCAGGUCUUCCUGGACCUCCUGGUGAUGUAGGCCGACCUGGUCCUCAAGGAUUGCAAGGUCAGGGAGGCGCCAGAACAUUUGACCUGAUGACACGGCACAGCCAGACCACCAUGGUGCCGCAGUGUCUGCCGGGAAUGACAAAGAUGUGGGAGGGGUACAGUCUGCUUCACGGAGAGGGGAACGAGAGAGCUCACGGACAGGACCUUGGUACUGCUGGCUCGUGUGUACAACGUUUCGCUCCCAUGCCCUUCAUGUUCUGUGACAUCAACUUCAACUGUCACUACGCCACUCGUGACGACAAGACCUACUGGUUAUCCACCGUUGCCACUGAACAAGAGAUCCCCGACAGUCCGGUCUCUGGAAUCGACGUCCUCCGUUUUAUCUCCCGUUGCGUGGUGUGCGAGGUUCCUUCUACUGUCAUGGCGUUCCACAGUCAGGGCUCCACCAUUCCCGACUGUCCCCUCCCCACACGGGAACACAGCUGGCAGAGUCUGUGGGAAGGAUUCAGCUUCUUCAUGCACACGGCUGCCGGAGAGGGGAGUGGUCAGAUCUUCUCCAGCCCAGGCAGCUGUCUGGAGAGGUUCCGCCCCGCCCCCUUCAUCGAGUGUCACGGAGCCCGGGGGACCUGCGGAUUCUUUGCCAACAAGUUCAGCUUCUGGCUGGCGUCUGUUCCCAGUGAUUACGACCCACUGCGGAACCAGCCCGCCUACGAGCCUCGGGACGGGCGCGUGAGAGAGAUGGUUCGUAACCAGCAGCCAGUGACGGAGAUGGAGAAGAUGGUUGGACGUUGUCGCGUGUGUAUGAUGAUCACCGACACCGUACGCGCCAAGAUCGGGACGGUCGGGCCGGUGAGAGGAGCCCGGCCUGGCGUCAUCAUCGCAGACCCCAGACAGCAGCCGCCGCGCCAGCCUAGCUCGUAAAACAGCACGGGCUGCAACACCUCCUAGCAACACUCCCCUGUACUGCAGUUUGUUUAGAAUGUACUACCGGUGCUAAUGUACAUGUAGUGAAGGCUAGCUUACAGGUGCCAAUUGUUAGGGUUUGUGAUACCUAGCUCGUAGCAUUUUGUACUUUUAUAUUGUGUACUGAGGUAACUGUAAUAGAGAAUGGUCUUCAUAUGUCAUUUGACUUUGACUAGGCAGCCUAAUUAGUGCUUUUAAUCAGCACUUUUAAUCAGUUUUCAGAUUAAUUUUUGCAGAGGAAAUAAGGGUUAAACACACUUCAACACAAAUACCAACUUGACAUGUCCUACCUCAAUACAACUUUUUCUUUACGUUUGAGUGUUCUAUAUAACUUCUUGCCCCCAAAAAUUGAAAUGGUUUCUUGAUCUUAAUUUCCAAUAGCUAUAAAGUUGCAAUUUGUUUUAACUGCAAUCCUUCCAGUGUUACAGAUUUCAAAGUGAGUUUUAUCACUCAUCAAUGUAAUUUUUGGCACAUUGAUUGGUAGUGUGAAUGACUCUAGGAAUUCAAAGAGAAUUCUAGCUUUUCUGGUGUUUCAAAAUUAGAACUUUAUGUAUCUAUCUCUAAAUGUAAUCUCAGAUAAAAAAUUAAAUUUAUGACUGUAGUCACUGCGAUAGAGUAAUAGUAAUAAUAAUGAUGAAAAUGUCCAACACUAGCUCAUACUAGUAUUAGAUGCACAUCAUGACAUUUCAAGAAUGCUGUUUUUGUUCAGUCCCAAUGUGGACAACUAUAUAUGGUGCUAUACUGUAUUCCACAACAACCUCAGAAAGACACAACGAACAUCUUAUAAGCAGAGGCUUUUGUAUCUUACGCAAGUUUAUUCAUAUCAUAUGAGAUUAAUAAUUGUUAUAAUUUGUCGAUAAACUUCGUUAGUACACCAAUGAACAGAGCAUAAAAAA